AUGGGUCCAACACCCGUCCUUGACCAGUUCCUCGUCAGUUUGCAGGAAUUGGUUCAGAAUCGCGAUGGCGCCAAAGUCCAGGACUUCCUGCAGCUGGAGCCCCCAUUAUCGGAUAUAUACCAGCGCAUGAUCGGUGAAUUACGACAGAGCUAUGCCCCCGGCCCCAAGACUGAGGCCGCGCUUCUCCAACGAUGCGAGCCUCUCGUGCCGCGAUCCAAGGGUGGCGGCUCAUGGACAGCUUUCCCAGUUUUCGUCAAGCUUUACCUGAUCUUCUUGCGAGAUAUGAACACCGACAAUCUCUUGGAAACAUACAAUCAGUUGAAGGUGCUGCUCAAUCAAUGUGUGCUGGCUCUCGGAGAUAGUCAAAUGGGCGUCGUCGUUCUUCCUACGGUUCUCUACUUGUCCAAAAUUCUGGCAAAAUUGGCAAUGGGCCUCGAUCGUCGACCGGACUUGAUCGCGCAUAUUCGACGGAUGGAAGGUUUGGCGGACCAGGAAGAGAGCAGCGAGAAGGUGACCCUGGUGGAGAAAUCCGCCAACGUGGUGCGUGAAGCCUUCAUCAAGUGCCUCACUGAUCGUACCGGCACUCCUGGCCCGCAUGGGAAGCCAGAAGGCAAGCGCAUUGGGAUCUACCUAAUGGCGAAUCUCUGUCUGAAACUCUUUUUUCAGUGCGGCAAACUGCGCAACGCCGAGCAGAUGUUCGCUAGCAUCAGCGCCCAGUCCCCCCCUUUAGCCUACUUCCCAGCCUCACAGCGUGUCACCUACCUCUACUACCUUGGGCGCUAUCUAUUCGCCAACAACCUCUUCUUCCCCGCCCAGAUCGCUCUGCAGGCCGCUUACGACCAGUGCCACCGCCAGGCCAUAAGCCAACGACAGUUGAUCCUUUCUUAUCUUAUUCCGUGCAACAUUAUGUUGGGACGAUUCCCAUCUCAGACACUCCUCCAACGACCAGAAUCACAAGCCCUCGCAAAACAUUUCCAGCCACUCUGUAAAUUGAUUGUCCGGGGCGAUUACCUGGCUUUCCGACAACAUCUUCAAUUUGGCUCGACCACCGCUGAAUGGUUUGCGCAAAAGGGGAUUCUGUUUACUCUCCGAAACCGAUGCGAGAUACUUGUGUGGCGCUCGUUUGCGCGCAAAGUUUUCAUGUACGGAGGUUCCUGGGGAGGACCACAAGCGCAGGCGCAAAAGGGACCUCCACCAGUUCUCAACCUCAAAAAGCUCGCGGCGGCUACAGAAUGGCUGCAGGCACAACAUGCAACAACGAAGAGUGGCACUAUGGCGGCCUCUAACUUGUAUGGAUCACAGGUGGUUCCCGAGCCUACGGACGUCGACUAUGCUGGCCUGGGAGGGGCAGAUGGAACGGCCGGUCCCACCACAGAUGAAGAAAUUUUGGAGAAAUAUGGUGAUUUCCUGGGUCCAGAUGGGUUCUAUGAUGAAGGAGGAAGCCCACAGCCCAAUGUACCUGGUCAAUUGAUCGAUGGAAAUCCGGAGGAGGACUAUGAUGAUUGCGAAUUGGAUCCAUAUGCAUACGACCUCGAUGACAGAACCGAAGCGGACCGGUUUACUAUGAUGCAAGAGGUCGAAUCCAUCUUCGCAUCAUUGAUUACACAAGGCUUGAUGGGAGGUUAUCUACUCCAUCGCGAGCCUCGAUUCGCAAUCCCCGGUGCCAAAAUCAAGGGAAUCCUGCCCACCGGAUUCCCCAAUGUCUGGCAAACAAUCUCAGCUCGUGAAAGUCAUGAUUCCAGUGUCCCCGGUUGGGUUCAAUCUCGGGCGCCUACCGGGCUUGGAGCUGCUGGAGGUGGUAGAGUUGUCAAUCUCUCUCCGGAGCCCGACCAGUCGGCCAGGGCUAGUUCACAUAUCUCCAUCAAUAACGUUUUUUUGCAAUUUCAUGUUUAUGAUACCGAUGCCUUAGAUACGUGGUUCCAAAAUCAACGAGGUCACUGUCCGAGAAACCUUAAUGCAAAGUCAAAUCCCGCUUUUUCCAUUCCGUCGUAA